GUGUGUGUGAGAGCCUUAACUCUUGUUUUGACGUGAGGAUCAGCAGUGACGUGUAUAAAGCAGUGUGAGAACGUGCAGAGCUGCAGGUGAGACACAGAACUCGGUUCUCCGUUCCCCAUGGCAGCACACCUGUUCCAGAUGUGUGAGCGUGGCGUAAAGCCGCUACGUUUCUCUGAGAACGUCAUGGAGAUUUUACUGCAUGAGACUCGGAACGGAACAAACCCGGAGCCUGAGAACCCAAGCGGGAUUACGCUCUUCUUGCUGCUGUGUCUGGUUCUCCUGCUAACCGUGUGGAACUGCUUUGAGAAGAAGAACUCUGUUCCAGGUCCCCGGUUUUGUCUGGGUCUGGGUCCCCUGAUGUCCUACUGCAGGUUUAUGUGGAUGGGGAUCGGGACAGCGAGUGAUUAUUAUAAUGAGAAGUACGGGGACGUGGUGCGAGUGUGGAUCAGUGGGGAGGAGACACUCGUCCUCAGCAGGCCAUCUGCAGUGUAUCACGUGUUAAAGCACUCGCAGUACACGUCGAGGUUCGGCAGUAAACUGGGGCUGCAGUGUCUCGGCAUGCACGAGCAGGGAAUCAUCUUCAACUCCAACAUCACUCUGUGGAAGAAAGUGCGCGUGUACUUCACUAAAGCUCUAACCGGUCCAGGGCUGCAGAGGACAUUGGAAAUCUGCACCACAUCUGCUAACACACACCUGGACCAUCUGUCUCGACUCACAGACACUCAGGGACAUGUAAACGUCCUGAACCUGCUGCGCUGCAUCGUAGUGGAUAUCUCAAACCGUCUGUUCCUGGAUGUUCCUCUGAACGAAGAGAAGCUGCUUUCCAAAAUCCACCAGUACUUUGACACGUGGCAGACGGUGUUAAUCAAACCAGACAUUUAUUUCAGACUGAAGUGGCUUCAGGAUAAGCACAGGAACGCUGCUAAGGAGCUUCACGAUGCAAUUGAAGAACUGAUAGAACAGAAACGAAGUGAACUGCAGCAGGCUGAAAAACUUGACAACCUGAACUUCACUGAGGAGCUGAUAUUCUCCCAGAGUCACGGUGAGCUGACAGCAGAGAAUGUAAGGCAGUGUGUGUUGGAGAUGGUGAUCGCGGCUCCGGACACAUUGUCCAUCAGUGUGUUCUUCAUGCUGCUGCUUCUGAAACAAAACGCUGAAGUGGAGAAACGCAUCCUCACUGAGAUACACACUGUACUGGGGGAAUCAGAGCUACAGCACUCUCAUCUCCCUCAGCUGCGUGUUCUGGAGUGUUUCAUUAACGAGGCUCUGCGUUUUCACCCCGUGGUGGACUUCAGCAUGCGCCGGGCGCUGGAUGAUGAUGUCAUUGAGGGCUACAGGGUGCCGAGGGGAACAAACAUCAUCUUAAAUGUGGGGCGAAUGCACAGGUCUGAGUUCUUCCCCAAACCUGCAGAGUUCAGCCUCAACAACUUCACCAAACCUGUCCCCAGUCGUUUUUUCCAGCCUUUCGGUUCGGGUCCUCGUUCCUGCGUAGGUAAACACGUUGCCAUGGUGAUGAUGAAGGCCGUGUUGGUGACUGUGUUGUCUCGUUUCUCUGUGUGUCCUGAGGAAAGCUGCACUGUGGAGAACAUCGCACACACUAACGAUCUCUCCCAACAACCUGUGGAGGACAAACACACCCUGAGUGUCCGCUUCAUCCCCCGCAACACACACACACAAACACACACACCCACACACACACACACACACACACACACACACACAACAGAAACCAAGAAAUGAUGAAACUCCUCAGUCCUGAAGAAGAUGCUGAAAAAGUCACAGCUUUACCUCUGACUCUCGAGACUCCUUCCAGAUGUGGAACCUAAAUAAACAUCUCCCGACAUGAAACUUUAAUAAAUCAAUGAUUUCCAUCAUGGAGUCGUGUGAGGGAAUGAAGAUAAAGGCGUAUGGAAAUGUUCUUUAUAUUUUACAGUGAAUUAUUUAUAAGACUUUAUAUGAAUAAGUUUUAUAUUACACAUCUUUUUUGCAUUUUCUGUUGUUGUUUUUCUGUAUAUUUUCUACAUCUUUCCUUUCACUGAAUUGUGUUCCUCAAUAACACUGUAGAGUUUUGUAGAUAUAUUAGAUGUAAUUUCAUGUAAAAUGACACCUGGUCUGCAGUGUCCUGAAACUGGUGUAAAAAACAUCUCUGAUGAGUCACUGUGAAUGAUUCUGUAACUGAUAAAUCUCUGUAAUAAAGAAUCUGCUCAAUAAA